AUGGCAACAUGGGAGGAAAUGUAUACGCAGAUGUUGCUGGACGCCCCAGAUCCAGAUGAGCCGCUGCCUUUAGCAAAUCGCAAGGCGACUAUGUUCGGUACUACGCUCACCUUCUUGAUCGUGGCAUGGUGUGCAGUCAUUUUUCGUCUCUGGGUCCGCAUCAAGAUCGUGAAGGAAGUGGGUUGGGAUGAUGGCUUCGUGUUACUUGCUCAGUCCCUGAACACUGCAGCGACUGUUGUCAUGUGUCUUUCGGUCAAUACUGGACUCGGUCACCAUAUGUUGUACAUUGGCUACAACCGUCUAGUAGAAUACUUGAAGCUGUACUACAUCGAACUAGCCAUAUACAUCACCAACUGCGCAGUGAUCAAGAUUGCUCUUCUCCUUCAAUACCUCCGCAUCUUCAAGUCGGGGCCUAUGCGAUGGGUUUGCAUUGGCCUCCUUGUCGCUGUGAUUCUCUGGGGUAUUGGCUUUUCUUUCGCUGGCUGGUUCCCCUGCUUCCCAGUCCGCGGCUACUGGAAUCGCAUCAUCGAGGCAAAGUGCUAUGGCUUUGGGCUUGGAGAUUUGGAUAGCUUUAUCGCUAUCUACAAAGCGCAUUCGGCCACCAACAUGAUGUUCGACAUCUUUAUCUUCCUUGCGCCUAUGGUGUUAUUCCGAACGCCAAAUUUGCGCUACAAGAAUGUGUUGGCAAUGGCUGGCGUGUUCACCUUUGGUGCUGUCGUUGUCGGAACAUCAGUAUGGCGACUCCAUGGCAUCGUCGAAACCAAAGGUGCAACCUCCCCCUACGUCGACUACACCUGGUGGUCACCCACUCUCAUCAUACUCUCAUGUCUCGAGAUUGAUCUCGCCAUCAUCUGCGCCUCAAUGCCCAUCUUCUGGCCCAUCAUUGAGAAGUCAUUCAGCGCCAUUUUCGUUAGCUACGAGGUCCAGGUCGUGGAGGAGCGCGUCGAUGAUUACGGUCUCACAUACGAGCUCGAGCACAUGAAGGGAGAGGACAGACCAUGCAGUAUCAAGAGUAAUGGGACGAGCACACAAGAGCUGACGAACGAGGACGAGGAGGCACAUCCGAGGGCACAAGUAUUCACUGUGGGCUUCGAUCCGCUGAACGAGGAGCAAAAGGCUGGCGGGCUGAGUACGAAUGUCCACUCGAAAGCACAGCCAAAAUGGCAGCUCUAA